AUGGGAGGAGGGGACUGUAUUCCAGCAAUGGGUGCUCAAGCGACCUCAUCUGCCCCGGGUCAGAAUGUAAAUCUUCAUGCCGUGGUUGAUUUAGGCAGUAAUGGUAUUCGCUGCUCUAUCUCUGACCUUUCACCCCCGAGCACUCGUGUUAUCCCUACAGUACACUUUCACCGGGUCAACAUCUCGCUCUACGAAGCUCAAGUCGAUACCGACUCGGGCAACCGAAUUCCUAUCCCACAGCAUGUCAUCGACCGAAUCGUGAGUGCUAUAGCUCGUUUUCAGAUUGUGUGCAUGCAAAUUGGGGUUCCCACGAGGAACAUUCGGAUCAUCGCCACAGAAGCAACUCGGACUGCCAUCAAUGCCUCCGAGUUCAUCGACGCCAUUCAUCGCAAGACUGGGAUAUCGGUGCAAGCAUUACGAAAGGAGGAGGAAGGGGUCAUUGGAGCUUGGGGAAUUGCCAGUAGUUUUUCAGAUGUGGAAGGGCUUGCAUUGGAUCUGGGGGGUGGGAGCAUGCAGAUGACUUGGAUCACUUCGCAUGCUGGCAACGUGCACAUGAGUUCGCAAGGAUCGGUCAGCUUUCCCUAUGGAGCAGCUGCCUUGACACAGAAAUUGGCAGAUCUCAAGCGGGGCAAAGAUAAGGAGGCUGCGGACAAAGCACGGGAAGAAUUUCGCAAGGAAAUGGCUGAUAAUUUCCGCUCCGCUUUUGAUACCCUCGAGGUCCCAGCAAGGCUUGUUCAGAAGGCCCGGGAACAGGGUGGCUUUCCCCUCUACCUCUCUGGGGGAGGAUUCCGGGGCUGGGGCUAUCUUCUGUUAUACCUGCACCAGACAAAAGGCCGAAGCUAUCCUAUCUCGAUUAUCAAUGGAUAUUCCGCACCAAAGAAGGACUUUGCGGACACCGAGACCCUCAAGGAUGUGGCUGAGACGGCCCACGAGAUUUUCCGAGUCUCCGAUCGGCGGCGCAAGCAAGUCCCGUCAGUGGCCUUUUUAGUCAACACACUGGCCGAAUCAUUACCGCAUGGAAUCAGAGAGGCGCAUUUCUGCCAGGGUGGAGUACGAGAAGGAGUGCUCUUUCGCGAGAUGCUCCCGGUUGUCCGCCAGCAAGAUCCCCUCGAGGUUGCCACGGCCCGGUAUGCACCAUCCUCGGCCCAAGCGCUGUCCUCUUUAUUGUUGUCUGCGCUCCCUCGGCCAUGUGCCAGUCGGUCAUUCCCCUCGUCUAUCACACUACACCUGAUCCAGGCCUUUGCCAACGUGCUCUACUAUCACGCUACAAUGUCCAAAGAAAUCUCUUCUAGUGCCGCCUUAUACAGCACCAGUACUGGCAUCCUAGCCUCCACCCACGGUAUUCCACAUUCUCAUCGCGCUCUUCUGGCCCUGAUGCUCCAAGAACGUUAUGGCGGAGAAUUGCCGCCUAGAGACAUGGAUUUCAAGUCCCACCUACAGGGUAUCUUGACACCGGAAGAAGUUUGGUGGACCCGUUAUCUUGGAAAACUCGGUCUCGUCCUGGGCCAAUUGUAUCCCACAGGGUCUAUUGACACUUCGAAGCCUCGAGUUGUGCCAUCGGCACGAUGGGAGGACGGAUUGGGUAAGAAAGGCGAGAAACUCGGCCUUCACUUGACAAUUACUAUUCAGAGAGUUGCAUAUGAUCCGACACAUUUGAAACAAGAGCUGGAGCAUGACGUGCGAAAAGUCCAGAAGGUCGGGAAGCGAAAGAAUUGGAUUGGGGGGCGAGAUGGCUGGGGCAUCAGAGUAAUUGUCUCGGUGGUGGAAGAAGACUUGUUGACUAAAUAA